CUCCCGCGCAGUGACAGCGCAUUGCGCUAAAAAGCGAAGUCGAGUGUGCAUGUUCUACGAUUAAACAUGUUAAAAAGUUUUUCUGAAAUUUUAGUUUUAUGUUACAUUUGGUGCCCAAAUCGUUCUAUAGGAACUGAUAUAUUGAACUUUUCUCCGUCUUGAUCAAGUGAGAAUCUUAGUAAAAUAUCUAGUGAAUAGUACAUAAUUUAUCGUUUUAUCGUAAGUCAGUUUUGUUAAAUCACCAACACCAUGCCGAAAGGAAAGAAAAAUAAAGGAAAAUUCGAGCACAGAAGAACAGAACAGCCAUACUCGUCUGACGAGGACGCCGGCAUAGACAUGACCAUCGACAACUGCUCUGAGACCUCUGGUCAGUCCGACCUCAAGAGCAUACAUGAUGAAGCAGACAAUGAAAUUCUAGAGAAACUGGAGGAGAAAGUGCUGGAAGAUAUAGACGCUCUGAGCGCCCGCUCAAACGCCGCCCGCGCAGCUGCCCUGGUCUCCCUACGCAAUGCUCUUCAACGGCGCUACCUCGCCACUGUCCUGGCGAACCAGCGCGCAACAUUGGCCGAUCACAUCACUCGGGCAUUGAGAAGAGGUCGUGAUGGGGAACGGAAAGCUGCUGCUGCUAUAGCGCCUUUGUUGGCCCUGCAGAUCGGAGAGGAGGGUGCGGAGGAGUUCGUGCGGGAGGUGCGUCCGGCGUUGGCCGCCGCGGCCGUAGACAAGACAGCCUCGCUAGAGACCCGCACUGAGUGCUGCACAUCACUGGCGGCGCUAUGCUUCCUGCUGGAGGAAGACCUCACGGAGAUCCUGGAGGUCAUGCGCAUGUACGAGACUAUCUUCAGCGGCAGCUAUCUCAAGGGUGACGGCAGUGUGAAAGUGUCCGGUUCGGCAGUGGAAGAAGGCUUGCUUCACGCGGCUGCGCUGGACGGCUGGGCGCUGCUGCUGACACUCCUGUCACCGCAGCAUGCACACACGUUGCUGCACACCCAGGCACCGUCUUUCGCACGACUCGCCGAGCUGCUCGAAGCUUGCAGCGUUGAAGUACGGAUGGCAGCCGGCGGAGCUUUGGCCAUCGCCCAUGAACGCAUCACCGACCCCGAAACCGAUGUGACGACUCCCCAAUAUGUAGAAGUGAUUCUGCCGAGACUCGAGCAGCUGGCCAGAGACUCGCACAAAUACCGCGCCAAGCGAGACCGCAAAAUUCAAAGAGCCACUUUCAGGGAUAUAUUGAAGUACUUCGAGGAGGAGGAGGCGCCCGCGCUGAGCGUGCGCGUGGGCGGCGAGCACCUCCAAAACACCGCGGCGUGCAAAGCGCGUACUCUGGCACGCAACAAAAGCCGCGACAAGCGCUCUGCAGCGUUGGCACUCUGA